GGGAGGUUAGCCGCCGUCGAUUGGCUGAGGGGUGGUGCUAACGCCGGUCGUGAGGAAAGCCUCAAGAUGGCGGCGUUGUAAACAAGUGCCGGUGAGUGAGUAAGUCAGGCAGGAAGAGAUGUGGAGUGGUCUGUUACCCCCUGGUGUAAAUGAAAGUGAUGUUGACACAAGUUCUGAUGAUGAAGAAACUUUGGAUGGCCCUGAACCUAUGUUAGAGAAAGAAAGAGAAGAAAGGGAUUUCAGAAGGCUUCAGACUUCUGUCUCCAAGACACAGAGGAAUGAGGAUGUCAUUGAAAGAAAACCUCCUUCUGCAGCAGUGGCAGAUGAAGUACAGGAAUCCCAAGCAUGUCCUCCUGGAAUUUCUUUAGAUAUGUGGAAUAAAUUUCAGCGCUUGCAGAAGAAAAACUUUGAAAUGAAAAUCCAAGUAAAAAAUCAGAGAGACAAGGGACAAAAGAGAAAGCGUUCCAGAAAAGCUAAAUUGAAAAAGAACAAUCAAAAUAUAAAUGAAAGCCAACAAUCUGUACAGGAAAGCCAGUUGAAAGAACUCACUCAGUAUUUUGGAAUCAAUGAUAGGUUUAAACCAGUUGCAAGCAAGGAAGCCCCUCCUAAGUCUGGUCUUGAAAUCAGCAUAGACAGAUCUUUAGCUGAAGGAGAUAUUGCACAAGCUGAGGAACUGAGUGAUAGAUUUGCUACUCGAGAGCUUGGAGUGAAAAUUGCCAAAGCUGUAGCUUGCCGAAAUUUUGUGAAAGCAAAGCAAGAUGCAGAGGCUUCACAACAGGCCCAAAAGAAAAAGAAGCUUGCUUGGGGAUUUGAAGCCAAGAAAAGAUGGGAAACGAAAAGCAACAUGGGAUACAUGUAGCUAGUUGUGCCUAGCAAGGAGGAAGAGGGGUUUGUGUUUGUGUGUGUGUGUGUGUGUGUGUGUGUUUGAAGCUGAGGGGAAGGGUUUGUUAGUCCUGAAGAUAAAUAAAUGAUAUUUUCAUUUGUUUUUAUAUGCAUUAUUUGUGCAGCUGGAUGAAUCACUAUGGAGUAAUUUAGGUUUACAUUCCAUACUUUGUUUGUUAUAUCUCAGAUAAUCUUCUUUUGGCCCUUGACAGAUUUCCAGUGUAUUCCGUUUCACAGAUCCUCAAGUAUUGGGGUUUUCAUGCAACUGUUACAAUUAUAAUUUUAGGGUGGGGACUGUAUGAAAAUACACUCUUUGUUUAAAAAAUGAAACAAAUUAUUUGAAAUACUUGUAUCUUUUGAUAAUGGAUCAAGUAAUGAUAAUAUUUCAUCAAAAGAAAAUAGUGAGAAAAUUAGCAGUGUUUUUCCUGCAGCUCCUGCAAAUGUCUGUCACUUGUGUAAGAGUUAAACUGGUAAAUUUUAUUUACUGUUAAGCAAGAUGAAAUGUUUGAAUGACAAGGUAUGGUAUUAACCUAAUAGUGAUUUAUUGUAUUUGAGUACUGUAAACUAAAACACCGUGCCAAGAAAUGGUAAUUUCAGGGCUUAUGACAAGUCCCAAGUUUUCCAUCUUCAUAUUGAAUGGUUCAUUCUUGUUUUGUAGCCUAGAGGAUAUUUGAUUCUGCCCCUCUCCCCAUCUAACACUAUAUUUCACAAAGAUGAGAGUUUUCAAUACAGUAUUCUAGAGUUAACUGCAAUUAGUUAUAUUGACAGUUAAAUACACAGCAAAGUCUUUAAAUCACUGGCCAAACAGGUAUAUACCACACAACAUCAUAAAUCUAUGAAGUCUUUAGUCGAUAUUUAAGAGACUAUUUGGGGAGUGGUUUUGUGUAGUGAAGAGGAAAAGCAAAUAUUGUCUGCUCUAUAAUGUCACCCAUGCAAACACAUAGAGAAAUAAACGAGAGUGUGCUGAUAAGUAUUGAGCCUUUCCCAGAAAAAAUUGAGCCAGGAAGCUGUAACUGCCACACUAUCCUACAUAU